UUGACAGUCUUGUGUCGGCCGUAGUUAAGUGAUCGAUAAAUGUUUGCAUAUUUAUUACGUCAGUGUUACACUGCUACGAAAUACUAGUGAUGGAUAAGGUCUUUUUAUUUUUAGUUAUAUCAUUAUUCUUAAGACCCAAAGCUGAUGGUAAAAGUUGGUAUCGAUAUGACCCCAGUGAUCGUUAUGACGAUAGAAUAAUCUUUGAAGACAACAGAGAUACGCGGUAUAGAGAUAAUGAUUUUGGUGGAUUGGGACACCAUAAUAGUCACAAUGGAAUAGGCCAAAAACAUCCUAGAGAUUGGAAUCCUGAUCGUGUUUGGUUCCCGGACUCUGGUAAUGAAGACCGCGGUAUAACCACCAAAUCUACAACAGAUUUACCGCGACAAGUGACAACAAUUUCUUCGGGACAGAAUUUCGAUGAAUGCAUCAAAGGGUGCCCCACGACUUCUGAAUACAAUCCUGUUUGCGGCACAAAUAGAAUUACUUAUUCGAACAUAGGACAUUUGGAAUGUGCGAGAUUUUGUGGCCUUGAUGUAAAUCUAUACCGGAAACUACCAUGUUUUACAACUGAGACUACUAUAUACCCGACCACUACGACUGAAUCCGACUCUCAACGUCGUUGCAUAGCAUCUUGCCCCACAACACCUGAAUACAAUCCUAUUUGUGGUACCAAUAAUGUAACAUAUCAGAAUAUGGGUAAAUUAGAAUGUGCAAAAAUAUGUGGCAUUGAUGUGGAAUUAAAGCGAUUAAGCCCUUGCCCAAAACCAAUUACAACUCCACCUCCGAAUGGAGACGAUUUUUUUAACUCGGUCGACCAAUCACCAUGGAGUAGCAACACAGACGACAAUGUAUUCAGACCGACCACCAAAGCACCUCACACUACCUUCACAAUAUCUCAGGAUAUUUUAAAUAAUGUUUUUAAUGUACCCACACCAGAUCCUAGUGAUUACGACUUCGAUGUGCGAUUUAAAGAAUAAUGAAAAUAAUAGUAAUGUACUGUAUUAUGUAUUGUAUGU